AUGCUAGCCACUAAAGCCGAGGAAUUUGCCGGUAAAUUAAACAUUUCAAAUUUCAAGGCAUCUAGUGACUGGCUUGAGAAAUUCAAAUUUCGCCAGAGCAUCUCAUUCAAGAGAGUUUGUGGGGAGGAGAAAUCGGUUGACUGUCAGUCUGCCGAUAUGAUUCUCUGGAAAGAAAAGUUGCCAUUACUCCUACAGACGUACUCCCCAGACGAUAUCUACAAUGCAGAUGAGACCGGCAUCUUCUUCAGAAUGCUUCCAGACAAGACCCUAGAAUUCAAAGACGUCGACAGCCAUGGUGGAAAGAAGAACAAAGAACGGCUGACGGUAAUGGUCUGCGUCAACAUGAGCGGUAAAGACAAGCUUCCCCUACUUAUCAUCGGGAAAUCGGCAAACCCAAGAUGCUUUAAGCAUGUCAAGUCCAAGCCUACAUAA